AUGGAGCAAUGGGAGAGGGCAUACAGUGUGAGGAUCUUGGCAUUGCGUGUAGAGGGCGUCUACUCUGGACAGGAGUUAAACAACCAAGUAAUCACAGUACACGAAGUGUCAGCAGGUCCACGUCAACCGCCUCUGUGUCAUCAGAGCUCACAGUGUUUGAACACGAGGCACAAUGAACAGAGUCAUAGUGUCCAGAGAAUGGAGGCUAUGCGUGGGUCUGGUUACAUGAGCUCCCAUUUGCUGAGGCUGGCAAGUGACUCCCACGUACAGCACCAUCCCUUCCGGAGGCUAACCAGCCACCUGGUGGCAAGUUAA